AUGGCCAAGUUGCACCACAGUUUAUGGCAUUUGGCUCAGUUCUGGCCUGUUGGUUAUUACACUCAACCAUAGCUAAUGUCUUUGUGCAUGGAUCAUUUUUCCUUCUGUCGAAUUGUUUCCUUGGUGUUCAUUCCCAGAAGUAAGCAUUCAGAGCCCGAUGUCUGGGCAUUUAUACGGGUUGUUAACAUUCCCUUCUUUCCUGAUGUGCUCCUCAGGCAUUGAGUGUGUUUGGUUGUCAUGGAGAUGUGUGCUGUGGGUCCUCCCUCAGCCCUCCACAUCCCCCACUGGAGGCGGCCGUGGCCCCGAUUGGUCGCCCUCAGGAAGCUGUUGGCACACACUGGACGGGAAGGAGGAUCGUGGAGAGGGCGGGAGUGGCCUUGGCCGGCAGCCACGCACAUUCUGUGUCUGGAUACCCUGUGUCAAGUGGUCUGUCUGAGGAGCAGCUGGCGCCCAUCUGUGGCUUGAGUAGGAGGCGGAAUGAAAAGGAAGAAAAAGUGUGCUGGACUUACGGGGUCAAGUGGGGUUGUUCUUGGCACCUUCUAGGAUAGACUGUGAUGGCAAAAGGAAGCAAAGGGAGAGACCAGCAGAUACCACCAUGUACCUUUCCCUGUGAAAGAGGAGUCCAGGAUCACCAGUAGUGAGUCUUCAGGAAGAAAGCAUUGCCUUGAUUUGGACAUUCUCAUGGCCUCAAAACUAUGGAACCAAGGCUGUGAUAAAUCCGUUCCCAGUGUGGACAGUAUCAUGCCCAAGUGACAGGAGUCAGAAGACCUGAUUCCAUUCCUAGCUCACCAGUUACAUGGCCUGUCUGAGCUCUGGCAUUAUUGGGAGGAAUAAAUGAGAUUAAGGAUGAGCAUUAUGCCUCAUUCCAGAAUCUCACUUCUCACUUUCCGGGUAUCUACAAAGAGUGGGGCCGGUGUUGCGAGCUCUGCCAGCCUCCUGGUUCAGAAUCAAGCCUGCACCCUGGGUUUUGUUUCCCUGUUGCCCUGCUGGUCCCUUGUACGCCCGCCUUCGGCCGGACACUGUCGCCGUCCUUCCCCACCACCCGACGACCACUGGGCGGACACAUCGAGCUUCGCUUCGCAGCUCCAUGAGUCCCGUGGGCCCCUGCAUGUCACUCCCAUCUCCAUGGAAACCAAGGCAGCCAGUCUGUGGGCCGGCUUCCGCUUCGCCUAACAAGGACGCGGCUCUAACUGCACUUGGGUGGACUUCCUGCCGAAGGACCACGAUGCUAAGACCAAGUUCCUCUUCGUGGAGCCCUGCGAGAGUUGAAAAACAGUUUUGGCCAACUUUCUGACAGAAUCUUCUGAUAUCACCGAAUACAACCCAACCCAAGGAGGGAGGAUCCCGGAAUUUGAGAAUCCGCCCAAACAAAAGCUCAGCGAGUGAAUUUGAGCUGUGGGAUUGUGGCUGUGAUCCAAAGUUGGAUCUUGCUGGCUGGCCCUGAUGAAGGACUCUCGUGAAGUGGCUGUCAUCUUCAAUGCUGACAUCCCAAGGCGCCUGAAGGAAACUGAGAUGUGGUACUCCUACCUUGUUCAGCAGCAUCUAUUACAGGAUAAUCAGUGUCUAUUAAUUGUGCAUCACAAACUAGGCUUUGGAGGUGAUAAAGGAAAUCGGCCUUUACCACCACUCUUGAACAAGCUGAAGCUGGUAACCUUGAAUCUUCAGGAUGACCCUGAAGAGAUCCAGAUAGAAUUCAUCAAGUAUUUUAAAAGCAUAGUCAACUCAGUAUCUGAGAGCAGAGACCAGGAGAUGUCAGUUAUUACCUAACCAGCCUUCAUCGGGGGCUCUUCCACAUCCCAAAUGAGUUCAGCCUAUUCCCCCAAGCAGAUCUGAAAUCUUAGGCAGCUACUGACAUUUUUCCACCCCUCUGGGGCUAUAUAAGAAUUUUUUUUAUCUGCUAGGGAGGCAUUUGACUCAUGUCUACUACUGCAUGUCUUUAAUUCAGUUGAGAAAAUCCUGUUAAGGAAUUUUGAUUCCCUUGCCUCAGGCCUUUCUAAAGAGCUGGAAAAUUGUGGGGUUUUUUCCUCCCUUUCUUCACAUAUGUCAAGUUAUAAAAAUUGGGGAAUUGUAACUGCCAUAGCCCAACAAUACAGCAGUAGUUUAAUCCAUGUGUAUUGGUUUGAAUUGGAUUUUCAUUCCUUGAUGUGUUCUACAAAUACCAACUUUUUGAGGACAUACUCUGUGCCAGGGAGUGUUUUAGCAUGAACAAAACAGACAAAAAUGCUUACCCUCAUGAAGUUGCCUUUCUGUUUUACUAAAUAACAGGGAAAGUAAAAAACUUUGCUUCAUCCUGGAUGUACAAAAAUCAUAGAUUCUUUGUUUUCUACAACCUGUCUUAAUCUCACAUGCUCCCAUCCCCCUAGAUAAUGAGUGGAUCUGGGGUACUAACCAGACCAAAUGAAGGUAUCUCUUGAAAUGCAAAAGCCUCAGGUUAGUUCAGUCUCUUUUGGAUAGUCAAUUCAGGGUUAUAGUCCUUCCUUCUUUACCUCUCCCUAAGAUGGUGUCAGGGUGUUGGGAAAGUAUACAUGUCCUCAUUAGGACAGAUCAGCUGGUCCAGGACAGGUUCUCUGGUUCUUCCCUGACCCCAGCAGAAAUGUCACUGACCACCCUACUGGCCAUCUCCUGCUGAAGUCCAAGACUGGUGAGGCUCUUGGCCAGGCCUCUCCACAUAUUCCAGAACCAGUGGUCCCCAGGCUGACUUGGCCCUCCUGGCUCGGGCUGGCCUUGCACAUCUGAGAAUUG